AUGAGUGAGUCAGGAGGAGGUGGUUCAGGGGGCUUUGAAGCGAAUCCAGCUAUGAAUCAGCAUUUGGGGAUAAUGAGAGUGCCUCAGACUAAGAACUAUAACCCAGCUGAGAUUCAAAUUACAGCAGAGUAGCUUCUGAGAGAGUCGCAGGCUUACAAGCAAGAUGAAGUUCAGACUCACCGCCAAAUCAUCAAAGACACUGAGGAACUAGAAGAGUAUAAGUAUCGUAUGCGCAGAGAUUUUGAAGACUCACUCCGCAGACAGAGACACCACAUUGGAAAUUGGAUCAAAUAUGCAGAGUGGGAAGCAAGCAUCGGUGAAUACGACAGGGCUAGGUCAGUAUUUGAAAGAACAGUGGAUGUUGACUUUGAGCAUGUGACUCUCUGGCUAAAGUAUGCUGAGAUGGAGAUGAAGAGUAAGUUCGUUAAUCAUGCUAGAAAUGUCUGGGAGCGUGCUUGCAAGCAUCUACCCAGAGUUGAUCAGUUUUGGUAUAAGUAUGCCUAUAUGGAGGAGAUGCUGGGAAAUUUCGACAAGGUUAGGAAGAUCUUUGAAGAUUGGAUGACUUGGGAACCAGCUGAAAAUGCUUGGAAUGCUUAUUUGAAAUUUGAGGAGAGAAUGGGUGAGUUUGAUAAAUGCAGAGUGAUUCUCGAGAGAUACAUCGAUCUAAACCCUAAUGUCAACAGCUAUGUGAAAGCAGCAAGAUUUGAAGAGUAGCACAGACAAAAAGAUCAAGCGAGAUUAUUUUAUGAGAGAGCGCUUGCUGAACUAGGUUAAAAGGCCUUCGAUGAGAACUUAUUUAUCCAGUUCACCAAGUUUGAAAUCAGGUAUCACGAACAUGAAAGAGCUCAGAUCCUAUUUAAAUAUGCUCUAGACAACCUACCAAAGGAAAAAGCUAACAGAUUGUAUCAACAAUUUCUAGAGUUUUAAAAGUAGCAUGGCAGCAGAGAGGAAAUGGAAGAUGUGAUCUUAACUAAAAGAAGACAUUACUUUGAGCAGGAAAUACUCAAGCAGCAAAGCUCUGGCUAAGUAUAUGACUAUGAUCUAUGGUUUGACUACACUAGACUAGAAGAGCAAAGUAAUAACAUUGAGAGAGCCAGAGAAAUUUACGAAAGAGCAAUUCAAAACGUGCCUCCAGUUCUUGAAAAGAGAUACUGGAAGAGGUAUGUAUACCUUUGGCUGAACUAUGCAGUAUUUGAAGAGGUGCAAGCAGAAAACUCUGAGAGAGCAGAUGCUAUAUAUAGAAAGAUAGUCUUUGAGAUUAUUCCUCAUGAAAGAUUUACUUUUGCAAAGCUGUGGAAUCUCUAUGCUCAGUUCUUGAUUAGACAGAAGAACAUUGACAGAGCUAGGAAGGUAUUUGGACAAGCUCUGGGAAGAUGUCCUAGACAGAAGAUUUUCAAAACUUAUGCUUAAAUCGAAAUGCAGCUAGGCUAGCUAGACAGAUGCCGAGAGAUCUAUAAAAAGCAAAUUGAAGUAUUCCCUGAGGUCAGCUCAGUUUGGAUAGAAUAUGCUGAGUUCGAAACUCAACUGGAGGAAGUGGAAAGAGCUAGAGAAAUUUAUGAGAUCGCAGUAAGCAGACCAAACCUGGACAUGCCUGAGAAGGUGUGGCAGUCUUACCUUGACUAUGAAAUCAGUCUCGGAGAAUAUGAUAAGGUUAGGCAUCUCUACUCGAAGCUCCUCGGUAAAAGUAAGCAUCUCAAGGUGUGGCUUUCCUUUGCCAAGUUCGAGUAGCUGAAUGCUUAAGACAGUGAGAAUACCAGGAAGACAUACAGCUAAGCAUAUACAUAUUUCAAGGAAAAAGAACCUGAGCUGAAGGAAGAGAGACUCAUGAUACUCGAGAAUUGGAUCUAUUUUGAGGAGAGCCAGCUUGGAAGCAAGAGCCAGCUUGAACUAGUCAAGGCUAAGAUACCUAAGAAAGUCAAAAAGAGAAGAAAGGUCAAGGUUGUUAACUAGGAGACUGGAGAAGAAGUCAAUGAAGACGGUGGAUGGGAAGAGUACUACGACUAUAUAUUCCCAGACGACGGCGGAGACCAGAAGAAGAACCUCAAGAUUUUGGAAAUGGCUCACAAGUGGAAAAAGGAAGCUGCCAAGUGA